AUGUCUGGGCCGAAGAGGAAGCCAAAUAGGCCUAUAAUGGACGAGGUGACCAACGAUGAUAACUCCGUCCUACAGUCGCUCCGCCAACUGAAACGGAAGAUAGCGGGGAAAGUGAGGAAGAAACAAGUUUCACUCCAUCCAGCCAUUAUGAGUCAUGAUUGGCGUAAUCAGGGUGUUCUUCAUCCCUUAAUUCAUGACCAGGAAGAUAAAUAUUGUUGGGCGGUUACAGUUGCAGAGACCGUCGCGGCAGUCUAUAAACUAAACAAUCGAGAAAAACCUCUCCCUGAACUGUCGGUGCAAGAGUUGAUCGACUUUUGCAAGCCAGAAGAAAAAAAAAUAUAUGGGCAUAGUGUGUUCGAUGCUUUUAAAUGGGUCCAAAAACAUGGACUUAGGAGGGAAAUAGUUUAUCCCUUCGUAGGCGAAAAGCAAGACGGUAAACCAAAAUCGAAAAAACAGAGGAGAAGGGCUAUAAAAUUGAGCGGGGUUCGCAUGAUCCAUCAUCGAGACGAAAAAAAGAUGAUGGCGAUCGUAAGAAAACAGCCCGUAGUGGCCAUGCUCGAACCAGCUGAUGACAAAAUUGACUACUUCACGGGGGAUGGUAUAUUUAUACCCUCUGGAGAGGAUGAAGAGAAUGGCAUAUAUAAUUAUAAACCCCCUGGAAAGGAUAAUAAUACUUCCAAAUAUCACAGCGUUAUGAUUGUUGGGUUUGGGACUCUGAAAGAAAAGAAUUAUUGGCUGAUCAAAAACUCAUGGGGACGAGAGUGGGGAUCCGAAGGAUAUGGAAAGAUACUCCGAUUAUCUAGUGUUGAAAAAAAAUAUCCGAAGGACUACAUGAUUAUAGGAGUUAGAGGGAAAAGGAAGAGGGAGACUGAGAGAGCUGGAGAGAGAGAUCCUGAGAUAGAUCCGGCAAAUGACGACGGAGCUGGAGUCCGGAGGGUCACGGCCCGAGAGGUUGAGCUUGUGGUCGACCAACUCUCAGAGAUGGAGGAGAUCCGGCCGACUCACCCUCGUCGGCCGGGAGAUGGAAGAGGGAGACCGAUCAGAGAUAGAUCCGUGGUCGACGACGGAGCUGGAGUUCGGAGGAUCACAGCCGGAGAGGUAGAGAUCCAGAUCGACUGA